ACAAUUCGGAAGCGGAAUAUUUGACAUCCUGCCAACCAGUGCUUUUAUCGCUUACAAUGCUCCUGGAGCCGUCCUUAUAUUCUAUUAAUAGCAUACUCAUCUUAGAUAGUGAAGGGAGGCGCAUUUUAACGAAAUAUUAUGACUCGUCGUUUCCAACUGUUAAGCUCCAACUCGAAUUCGAGUCGAAACUCUUCAAAAAAACAAGCAAAACUAAUGGUGCGGAAAUCACGUUACUGGACGGCGCGACAUGUGUUUAUCGAAACGUGGGCGAUCUUUACUUUUAUGUUGUUGGGGAUGCUAACGAAAAUGAAUUAUUACUCGUCAGUGCCCUUCAGUGCUUGUACGAUUCUGUCAGUCAAGCUCUAAAACGUUCAGUCGAAAAGAAAACACUGAUGGAUAAUCUAGAUUUAAUUUUCCUUAUAGUUGAUGAACUGUGUCAUAAUGGCAUACUGUUAGAGUCCGACGCAACCGCCUUAGUGUCUCGAGUUGGUGCAAGGACAGAUGAUAUCCCACUUGGAGAGCAAACGGUAGCACAGGCUAUCCAAAAUGCAAAAGAACAAAUACGCAUGUCCUUAAUCAAGUAGUUCAGUGAAAAAGACAUACAUACUUAUUUUCAUUGUUUUUUGAUGGGAACUAUGGGUCGGUAAUUGAGUACCAACUUUUGUAUCUACUCCAACCUUUGUCACAUUACAGUUGUUCAUAUUUAACAAAUCUUUUCUGACAUAUCCUGAUCGCUGCUGGUGAAUUUUUACACUAAGCUAACUCAUUCACCAAGUUUUAGUUUUGUGUGUGCAAUAGUAAACACGAGGUUACAUCAUAUUUUGGCGUUCGUCAAGUACAUUUCAAAUCAUUUGGUUGAUAACUCAUGGUAAAGGAUGAGCACUACAACAUGGGGUUGUCGUUAAGGGAAAAAUCAAAAGUUCUUAGCUGGGUAGACCAAUUAAGGCUUUUCAGUUAAGUAUGGCCGUGCAUAUCCAGUUUUCGUUUGUUUUCAAAUUUUCUCAGUGCAUGUUUUAUGAGUAACUCCACUGAUGCUCAAUCACUAUCCGGAGUAGCAUUAAGCCUUAGAACACCGUCAACAGUAAAUAACCAUAAUUCCUAUUGUGUAUCGGGAUU